GAUAACUCUUCAUAUCGCAAAAGUAAGUCGCGGCCGUCUUGCACCUUUAUCCAUUCAAACAGACCAACCACUUCGGCACCUGGCUACACAUCAUAAUUCGAUAUUGAGCAACAAGCGUCCCUUGACGUUACCAUGGACGCAGACAGGAGGCUCUCCAAAGCUCUGGAAGCGGCCAACGAUGCACUACAACACCUUUCUAUGUCACCGGACUUCUCUUGCCUCGAUUGUACACACAUUGAUCGCUUAAUCGGGAGAGUCGUCGACCUACCGACUGAGGGCAACCAGAGGAAUAGCAGACGCAAUCUGUUGGUCAUUAGACAGUGGAUGAUUACAGAAGGGCCGGGGGUCGUGCUCCUAGAAGUCCUUGGGCAACUCUACUGGCGACUGGGCGAGCUCAACAGCAAGCAGUUUGAGAAGUUUAAAAUGACUCUCCAGCAGCAACAGCCAUAUCUGUCGCUCAUUCAGGACACCGCAGCAGUCACUUUAGUGCUCCAGAGAUUACAGCAUAUCCAGCGACUGAAAGCAGAAGCUUGUCAAGAGUUUCUUUACGAACUGUCAGACUUGACAGGAAUGAAGAUCCUCUCUCCCAUUGCCGGAACGGAUAGCUCGAGAUCGAGAUCAAGCAGCCCCUUCACUCCAGUAUCCGCACACUCUUCGGAAAGCGACUCGCCAAAAGAGCCUGGUUACACAAGUUUGAUCAAGUAUGUGCCCUCGGUUACUGCAUGGACGGGCGACAUUGAACACCUUCUCAUGGACUUCUACGUACAUGGUAUUUGCCCUGGUCGUACCGUUGCGACUCAGUCAGAUCCAGAUGGCUAUGUUUCCAUGCUACAGGUCGCGAAAACUUGUUCGAGUACCCGAUAUGCUCUCCUCAGUCUCUCUGCGUCCUACAUUAGCGAGCAUAUCCCUUCACGAAGGGACUACUUUCAGCACGCAGAAUUAUACUACUCUACGCAGGCCCUCCAGGCUCUGACAACGCAAAUUACCAAUGGCGACAAUUACGACGGUGCAAUUGCAACAAGUAUGUUACUCAUGCAUCAAAGCGCCGUCAACAACAGUCCAGAUUCGCCAUUAUGCUGGUCUUGCCACGCAAAUAUCUUCGACAUCGUCCCCGAUGGCUUGGUCAAUCACCAGUCUGCCCCUGCUUUGUUCAUCCGCGGACAACUAACACUCGCGCGAACAGCGCAGACCGCGCAAGUGCUUCAAUCGGCGCAACUCCACUCUCUCGAAACCACUUCCUGGUUUGAAUCUAUACCAUCGAACGAAGCCCAGAAGAUUUGUAGCAUCCUGGGGUUCUCGCCACAAUUGAUGUUUAUCAUCUCGUCAAUCACCUCCCUGGCAUUCGAUAUGCAUAACACCGACAGGCUUGGAUACGCACAGGCACUAGAAAGUCAGCUUCAAAGCAUGAAACAAUGGACUACGGAGCCUCAAGGUCCAGAACAUGAGGUUUUACUUGUGACAGCAGAGGCGUUCCGCUUGGCUGGGCUUAUUUAUCUGCGUUGUCGUCUGUACGGUAUGACACGUUUCCACCCUUCCAUUCUCGAUCUUACGGACGCUCUGUACACUCUCAUUCUAUCCCUACCUGUCCAAGGCGCACUCUACACAGCCAUUUAUCCCGUGUGGCCGCUCUUUGUAGCUGCCGUGACCUUGAAUUCAGAUAAGCGAGAUCGUGUCUAUCAACGAGUUGUGCCGAUUCGCGAGGGCGACAGGAAUACCCUGCCAUCCGUGUUGAAGCGCGUCAGCGGUAUGCGGGUCUGGCUCGCCCAGCAGGAUUCAACAUGUCACCGACGAGACUGCUGGUGGGAAGAGAUGUUGAGCCCGAGUAGUAGUACGACUGCGCUGAGGACGAAUCUGUUGUGCUUGGGGUGACAGGGUGUGAUGAGUAUUUGAUGUUGGUCUUGGAAUAUUUUCUUUGGUUUCCGGUGGCUAUACGCUCUUCUGUUCGGGAACAUGCCCGAUUUUGCGAUGUUCAUUUCCUCUAUACCCUAGAUUUUUGCAAUUUUAUCGUCGCUCUAGCGU